CCCUUCGAUAACAUGUCUCAAGACCCAACAGACCCAAAAGGCCCAGAGCUCGCUGUCGAUGCUCAUGUGAAGUAUGUUCAGAGCCUGGACACAAGAAAAGAUGAGCUCGACUACUGGCUUACCGAGCAUUUGCGACUCAACGGCUUGUACUGGGGAUUAAACGCACUCUUCCUGCUGGGUCGGCCAGAUGCUCUCCCUCGACAGGAUGUCAUCGACUUCAUUCUCUCUUGUCAGCAUGAGAAUGGUGGGUUCGGUGCAGCGCCCGGCCAUGAUGCUCACAUGCUGUCCACAGUAAGUGCUGUGCAGAUUCUCGCCAUGACGGAUGCUCUCGACCAGCUGGAAACAAAAGGCAAAGGCAAGAACCAGGUUGGCAAGUUCAUCGCAGGACUGCAGAAUCAAGAGACUGGUACAUUUGCUGGGGAUGAAUGGGGCGAGGAGGAUACCCGCUUCUUGUACGGCGCUUUCAAUGCCCUCUCCUUACUCGGUCUUAUGUCUCUUGUCAAUGUCGACAAAGCCGUCUCACACCUUAUCGCUUGUGCCAACUUUGAUGGUGGCUAUGGAACGGGGCCUGGUGCGGAGUCGCAUUCGGGUCAGAUCUUCACUUGCGUUGCCGCCCUCGCAAUAGUUGGCCGGCUUGAUCUCGUCGACAAAGAGAAGCUUGGCCGAUGGCUGAGCGAGAGACAAGUUCCCUGUGGUGGCCUUAACGGUCGACCUGAAAAAGACGAGGAUGUCUGCUACAGCUGGUGGGUAUUGAGUAGUCUCGCUAUGAUCGAGCGCACACAUUGGAUCGACCGCGAUGCGCUCAUCGCUUUCAUUCUCAAGUGUCAAGAUACCGAAAUUGGUGGUAUCUCUGAUCGACCUGGUAAUAUGGUCGAUGUUUGGCAUACCCAAUUCGGCCUGUGUGGUCUUAGUCUUUUGGGCUAUCCAGGUCUCGAGGCAGUCGAUCCAGUGUAUUGCAUGCCCAAGACGAUAACAAACAGACUUCUCGGCUGAUCGCCUAUACGUCAUGAGCUUUUCUUUCCUUCAUACACUUUAUUCAAUUGUGCUAGCCACCACCCUCUGACCAUUCAUAGCAUAUGCUUACGACGUUGUUCAGUGAUAGCAUGUGAAUAUGGUUGAGGGAAGAGGAACUGUUGGUUUUUUCAGGGACAUCGCUUGCUAUUCCGUGGUGUUCGUCCCGUGAAGUCCUUCAAACAUUUAUCGACACUGAGCUUGUCAAAGCAUGUGCUCAUCACAGAAUUUGGACGGAUGUGGUCUUAUCCCUUUGAACUUGGUCAUGCCGGACCAAUAGUGUAUUAUCUAAAUGAUACACCAUAGUAUCUUUCAAUGUCAAUACAAAAUUUCUCUGUUAAUAUACCUAAACAUG